AUGUGCUGUCAAGACUUCGGUACUAGCUCAAACCGUUUCCAUCAGAGAGAACCUAAUAAUUUUCACUGCUUAAACCGCCGCGCAGGGGCUACGUCCUUUUUUAUGGCCUCUCGAACCUUAUGUUUUUCAAAAUUUAUACAGGAAAAGAACCACCGGUGCAAUGGGUGUACCAACGAGCAUGCACUGGUAAUGUACAGCUAUCAUGGCACAAUGAGUGCUCGCGAUCCUUCAAUAAAGGCUAAAUUUUUUUUGAUUCGACAAUUCAAUGCGGAUUGCUCAUAUAUUGAUGUGGGGGAGUGUAACGGUGUAUGA